AUGCAAGCGACGACAGAUCGACCUAUGAUCAAUAUUUCUAAAGUGAGCGAGUGGCUCACUCAGAAUGCCAACGAGCAGUUGUAUCCACGGCUCUUUCUGAUGUCCCCGAAUGGCACCCUGCUAGCCUACUCAAAGCCUGUGGAUAUCAAAGAGCUUCGCGACCAAGCAGCUCUCAUCUCUAUCGCGUGGAAAGAUAAUUGCAACGGCCGACAGAAGUUUCCUGCACGAUCGGACUCAAUACAGGACUCCACGUUGAAACCUGCGUUGAAGACACUCACCAUUGAGACUGAGGAUUGCAACAUCAUAAUUCGUCUUCUUCAACCGGAAUUGCUUCUUGUUCUAGUGGGCAAGCUACCACCGAGGAAGAGGCAAACUUUCAGGAUCACCCCCGAAGGACCUGGCGACCCAAGGCAUCCCGACACUGAAACCCCUCUUCCGCGGCCCGAUCCAAUCGUGAAACUCGACCAAGGCGACGCGGCAGCCAAACUCUCUGGAGCUCCCCUUGGGGAUGGAAGCACCACUAAGGCGAAACCGCCUUCAAUCCUAAGCAACAUGAGCCAGCGCGAGAAAGACAUCAAGGUUGGCACUCUACACGUUCAACGGAAGAGGCUUGACGCCCUGGUGGACUAUAUUCUGAAGGAUUUUGAAGAUACGGGAUUCGUAAUGCCAGCAGACUCGGAUCUCCAGUAG